CGGUGAGGAAAAAUCUUAGGGUUUAGGGGUGAGAUCCCAAAUCUUCCCGUCAACAAAAACAACAACACCCAAAUCAGCUAGAAGCUCCGCCGCUCCGCCGCUCAGCCAAAUCCCCCACCAUGCACCGCCCUCGUGGACCGCACCGGCCAUGGUCGGACGGCCUCCCACCCGAGCUCCUCCGCGUCAUCCUCCUCAACCUGACCUGCCUAGCCGACCGUGUCUACUUUUCUGCUGUCUGCCGACCGUGGCGCUCCGCCGCGAGUGGACCGGACGCCCCGCCGCGCCAGCUCCCUUGGCUCCUCCUCCCGUCCCCCGCCGCGCCCUCCUUUUUCAGCCUCCACUCCGGCGCCACUCGCCGCCUAUACCUCCCGGAGAAGGUCCGCGGCGCGCGCCUAUGCGGCUCCCACGAUGGCGGCUGGGUCGCCCUCGCGUUCGACCGGUGGAGAGGGUAUGCGGCCGUGAACCUCCUGUCCGGCGCGAGGGUUCUGCUCCCUGACAGGCUCAGGACCAACCUUCCCAACUUGCACGGGAACGGCGACUGCGAGCACCCCAUGUUCAUUCAUACCAUCAUCUUCUCGGAGGCGCCCUCGACAAAGGGCUGCCUUGCUGCUGCACAUGUCUCCAGCGCCUUCAACAUCGCGUUCUGGCGGCCCGGGAUGGACGGGCACUGGGUUGCGUACCAGCAUGCUGUGGAUGUGAUCCAGGACAUGAUCUAUUUCAAGAGCAAGCUGAAGGAAGGUUUCCAUAUCCUGUCAAACACAGAGGAUGUUGUUGUGUACACACCCAACGGCGGCCCAAGCGCCCCUCUGGUGAUGUCUCGGAGCUCCUACCAGGUCCAGAAGCGCCCUGAUUACAAGUCUGACGAUCUCAACUUGUCCCGCUAUCUGGUGGAGUCCCGUGGAAAACUGCUGAUGGUUCUGCGGCAACUCAAGGAGUGUCGGGAUCCCAAGGGGAGUCCCACGUUUAGGUUCAGAAUCUUCGAGAUGAACCAUGGGAUUGCUCCCGGCGGGGGUUCUGUAGUUUCCUGGGUGGAGCUCCACACUCUUCCUGGUCGGUUGCUCUUACUUGGCCGAGGCUGCUCCAGGGCAUUUGAGGUGUCUCAGUUCAACAGGCUCGAAGUGGGUCACAUCUAUUAUUCGGACGAUACUAGAUUCAACAUAUCAUUGGCACUAAAGAGUGGCAGUAUGCAUUCCAGUACUGAUAUGGGCGUGGAUGUUCAGAAAAAACUCAAUCGCAGGAAGCGCACUUGGCGCUUUCCGCGACAAUUUACUUCAGAGUGCUAUCCAAUCUGGUUUGCACCCUGAAUCGGUAUAGGGUUUUGGAGAAUUUGGCUGGGUCUGGCUAGGCACUUUCUGCAGUUAUGCUAAAGGAUGCUAGGCACUGUAUUUCAGAAAUAAGAAAUUUUAUUCCAGUGAAGAAAUAUCAAUCAAUUAUGUUUUGUGUCA